AUGGCGCCCCAAGGAGACAACGCUACUGUUGCUGUCUCAGACCUUAAGCUUGAGAAGAUGUUCGCCAUGAAAGGAGGCAGUGGAGAGUCCAGCUACGCCAAUAACUCUCAAGCCCAGGCAAGGCAUGCUCGAUCGGUGCAUCACCUGCUGGAAGAAACCCUAGACCGUGUACGGCUGGAGUCGGCGGCGGGUGGCCCCUUCGUCGUCGCCGACUUGGGGUGUUCCUCCGGCAAGAACACCAUCUCCAUCGUCGACUCGAUCAUCAAAUACUUGACGAAGCGGUACGAGGCCUCCGGCUACGACAAGCCACCGGAGUUCUCUGCCUUUUUCUCCGACCUCCCUUCCAACGAUUUCAACACCCUCUUCCAGAUCCUCCCUCCCCACGGCGGCACCAUGGAGGAGUGCCUCGCGGCCGACGGCCACCGCUCCUACUUCGCUGCCGCCGUGCCUGGCUCUUUCCACCGCCGCCUCUUCCCCUCCAGAUUCGUCCACGUUUUCCACUCUGCGUUCUCACUGCACUGGCUCUCUCAGGUGCCGGGGAGCGUGGGGGAUAAGAGAUCGACGGCGUACAACAAAGGGAGGGUGUUCAUCCACGGCGCAGGGGAGAGCACGGCAAAUGCGUACAGGAGGCAGUUCCAGGAUGACGUGGCGGGGUUCCUAAGAUCGCGUUCGCAGGAAAUGAAGAGCGGUGGGUCCAUGUUCCUGGUCUUCCUGGGGCGAACUUCUGUGGACCCCAACGACCAAGGUGGGGUCGGCUAUCUCUUCGGGACCCACUUUCAGGACGCCUGGGAUGAUCUUGUCCAAGAGGGGUUGAUAACAAGUGAGAAGCGUGACAACUUUAACAUCCCAUUAUAUGCAUCGAGUCUGCAAGAUUUCAAAGAGGUUGUUGAAGCUCACAGCUCAUUCAUCAUCAACAAGCUAGAUGUCGUGAAGGGUGGAAGCCCGCUCGUGGUGAGCCGACCCGACGACCCAAUUGAGGUGGGUCAGGCCCUAGCCACCACUUGUCGGGUUGUGACUGGGGUCCUCGUGGAUGCACACCUUGGAGACCAGCUCAGCAACGAGUUGUUUUCACGAGUCGAGCGUCGAGCCACUAGCCGUGCCAAGGAGUUGCUUGAGAAGUUAGAGUUCUACCAUAUAGUCGCAUCUCUCUCUCUUCCGUAAAUUUAAAAUAUGUUUAUACAUAUUGGGGGGUUAUGUCCAUAAUUCAAGUGCACAGAAACACAAAAGAAGAGAAGAGAAAAAAAGGGUAAAGAAAGAAAAUAAAAUUAGACGAAUAAGGAAGAAAAGGUCAUGAAGGAGGAGGAGUGCAGUCUCAUUCUCUUAUUUUUGCUCGUU